GCAGCUUCCUGAGAAGUGAUUAGAUGUGACACAUCAGUGCAGGAACUGACAGCCUGGCUGGGGCACCGCAGGAGGCAAGGCUACACACACGGUAGCAUGGUGGGCAGUGCGUACAUGGGAUGCUGCAGGGGUGCCAAUAAGCGGCAGCAGUACGAGUGAGUGCCUCCAGUCCAUGCCCCGGUGCCUUAAACAAUAGAAGAACUGCCUUGAGUCCACAGGAAUAAUCAUGUACACGUUUGUGGUGAGGGAUGAGAACAGCACUGUCUAUGCUGAAGUGGCUAAAAUCCUCCUAGCAAGUGGACAAUGGAAGAGACUGAAAAGGGACAAUCCAAAAUUCAACCUGAUGCUGGGAGAGAGGAACAGGCUGCCCUUUGGGAGGCUGGGUCAUGAGCCCGGCCUAGUGCAACUGGUGAAUUACUAUCGGGGGGCUGAUAAGCUUUGCCGUAAAGCUUCCUUGGUAAAACUGAUCAAGACAAGCCCUGAGCUCACGGAAACCUGCACGUGGUUCCCUGAAUCUUAUGUGAUUUAUCCAACCAAUGAGAAAACCCCUGCGAUGCGAGCACGGAAUGGCCUACCAGACCUUGCCAAUGCUCCCCGCACAGAUGAACGGGAGGAAUUCAGAUCAUCAUUUAAUAAAAAGAAGGAAAACGAGGAAGGAAAUGUGUGGAUAGCUAAAUCCUCAUCUGGAGCCAAAGGUGAAGGAAUUCUUAUAUCCUCUGAUGCUACAGAGCUUCUUGAUUUCAUAGACAAUCAAGGCCAAGUACAUGUGAUUCAAAAAUACCUUGAAAGUCCACUUUUGCUGGAACCUGGUCACCGCAAGUUUGAUAUCAGAAGCUGGGUCCUUGUGGACAAUCAGUACAACAUCUACCUGUAUCGAGAGGGUGUACUUAGGACCUCCUCUGAACCUUACAGCGACACCAAUUUCCAGGAUAUGACCAGCCACUUGACCAACCACUGCAUUCAGAAGGAGCAUUCAAAAAACUAUGGACGCUAUGAGGAAGGCAAUGAGAUGUUUUUUGAAGAGUUCAAUCAGUAUCUUGUAACAUCCCUAAACAUUAAUCUAGAGAAUAGUAUCUUAUGCCAGAUAAAGGAAAUAAUAAGAGUUUGUCUUAGCUGCUUAGAACCAGCAAUCAGCACCAAGUACCUGCCUUACCAUAGUUUCCAGCUCUUCGGCUUUGACUUUAUGGUGGAUAAAAAUCUGAAGGUCUGGUUAAUUGAAGUCAAUGGUGCUCCUGCUUGUGCCCAGAAACUCUAUGCAGAGCUUUGCAAAGGCAUUGUGGAUUUAGCCAUUUCCAGUGUCUUUCCACUCAAUGAAGAAAACCACAAGCCAACGGAAGAUAAUGUUUUUAUCAAACUCUGAUCCUGCUGCCUUAGCUACAGAUGCACGUACAAGCACGGCCUCCCCCCUAUUUAUUCUGAGGGACAAAGAACGUCUAGAAUUCAGGCUGUAUCAUGGAACGGAAAUCUAUCUGCUCAUGUGAGAGAAUGGAUGAAUCCUAUGGACUCCAGGAAGAGCCAAAGCAGAUAAUUAGUUCAUGCCAAAUCCUUUUUAUUUUUCUUGUUUUUUUCAGUAUGAGACUAAAAUAAAUUAACGAAAGACACAAAAAGCUAUGACAGGACACUGGGGCCCAAUAUAAAUGGGCUUUGCCUUUCUGUGAGUAUGAGAUAAAGUAAAAUACACUUUCUCUCUCAAA